GGAAAUAGCUAACUAAGUCUAAGUCUAAGUCUAAGUCUAAGUCUAACUCCCGUAAGUGUAAUUGUCUAUGAAACGAAAUGUAAAGUUAUAUUAGAAAUUCAUACAAAAUUACCAUUAUUGCUACUAUAUAAAUAUCGAUUGUGAAAAUUGUUAAAGGAAAGCGUGAUUUUAGAAAAUAUGAUUAGGGGCAUUAGGUUUGUGACAUCAUCGAGAUAAUUACCAGAAAUUGAUGAGAAUUGUUGAAUCAUAUGUAUGAUACAUUACAUUCUAUUUCUUAUAUAAUACGUGCAACAUGUAUUUAUGUUAACUAUUACUUUAGAAGUUCUAUAUAACAUGAAACACAGCUUCCUUUUUAAUACAAGUUCGUACACCUAGGUAGAGUAAAGUAAGGCGUUCUCAACGAUACGAACGUAGAAAUUGUUUUAUAUCAUUAUUUGUUAUAAAGUGCGAUUCUUCCUUGAAGCAAUAUACAAGACAAUCAAGCACAAUGUUAAUAGCUACGUGGUUAAUAUCAGAUAUUUUGGCUAUUUCAAGCGUUAUAAUUGCCGGAUGGUACAUCUAUUACAAACUACAUAUCUUUAAAUUUUGGCAGAAAAGAGGAGUAUUUUAUGUCGAACCUACCUUCCCUACUGGUAAUAUAAUGCCAAUUGUAAUUGGCAAACGAUCACAAGCCGAGUUUUUCGGAGAUAUUUAUCAUCGAUAUAAACAGCAUCCUCUUGUUGGUAUAUAUAUGCUUCACAAACCAUUUUUGAUUAUAAACGAUCUUGAUUUAAUUCGAGACGUACUGGCAAAACAGUUUACAAAUUUCCACGAUCGUGGAUUUUUUUGUAACGAAAAAACGGACCCGUUAUCUGGACAUCUAUUUCAAUUACCUGGAAAAAAGUGGAGGAAUUUAAGAGUAAAAUUGACACCAACUUUUACUGCGGGAAAACUUAAACAGAUGUUUCCGAUUAUGAAAGACAUUGGAAAUAAUUUAGCAACAUAUUUGGAAGAAAAGGCACAGACAAGAUCGACGAUCGACGUAAAAGACGUAUUUUCAAGAUAUGCUGUCGACAUUAUCAUGUCAGCAGCAUUUGGAAUAACGUGCGAUAGCUUGGAGAAUCCGGACAACGAAUUUCGCUAUUGGGGAAAGAAAAUAUUUGAUCCGAAGCCUCUUUGGAAUGCCCUUAUCGUAUGGGCCCCGCAGGUUUUUGAUUUCUUUUCCAUACCAUAUACCGACAAAGAUGUUACAAACUUUUUUAUAAAUGUGUUUAAAGAAACUGUGGAAUAUAGAGAAUCGAAUAACAUCGAACGAAAAGAUUUUUUGAAUUUGUUGAUGCAAUUAAUGAGAAAUGGAUAUGUGGAAGCAGACGAUAACUCGGAAGCAGCAAUUCUUGCAAAAAAUAAAUUGACAAUGACGGAGGCUGCUGCACAAGCUUUCGUCUUCUACUUGGCUGGUUUUGAAACAUCUUCGACUACAGUAACAUUCUGCCUGUAUGAAUUAGCGAUGCAUCAAGAUAUACAGAAUAAAGUACGCGAAGAAAUUCAAACACACCUGGAGAAGCAUGGUGGUGAUCUGACAUACGAUGCUGUAAACGAAAUGACUUAUCUCCAUAAAGUGAUCUCUGAAACAUUACGGAAAUAUCCCCCGGUUACUGUCCUAAACCGUAUUUGCACGAACGAAACAACGAUGGAGGGAACAAAAUUUGUCAUACCUAAAGGAAUUGCUGUGACUGUACCCGUUUUUGGUAUUCAUCGAGAUGCCAACAUAUACCCAAACCCGGAUAAAUUUGAUCCAGAACGAUUCACCGAAGAAAAUAUAAAAGCUAGACAUCCCUAUGCAUAUUUACCAUUUGGCGAAGGACCAAGAAUAUGUAUUGGAUUAAGAUUUGGCCUUAUACAAACAAAGGUUGCUGUAAUAAAUGCUUUGUUAAAAAAUAAAAUGACACUCGCACCAGGCACGCCAACUACUUUGGAUUAUGAGCCAGGAUCUCUUAUAUUAAUACCAAAGGGUGGUGUACACUUGACUAUCGAGCCACUAAAGUGACUGCAUCGUUAAGAAUAUUAACAAUAACGACGUAUUUAUGUUACCCGUUUACAAGACUUUUUACGGAUUAUUUUUUAUAGAAAAAAAUUCUGCAGUUGUCGAAAAAUAAAAUUAUGCAAAAUA